AUGGCACAUGAGGGGUCGCCUCCGUGGGCGUCGGAUCUCCGUGCGAGCUUUGGCAACCUCGACAGCCGCUUCACGUCCUUGGACGCGGAGCUGCGCGGCGGCAUGCCGCCCUUGCGUGGCGACGUCAACGCGGCUGCUGCGCGCAUGGACAUCCUCGAGGCUCGGCUCGACGCCGCCGGGGGCGACACUGAUGAGAGCACGCGCGGUGCCGACGAUCUCUCCCAGCGGGCCAGCCGCAUCAUCAAGCUCGAAGGCACAGGCGCCAGCAUCGGGCACACCCUCGCAAACACGGGCAAGCAGCUCGAGAAUAUGGAUCGUGGUGCCGACCCUGACUACAACCAGGGCACGACCUUCGUGGACCCUCGUGGUGGGCGGCCACUUCAACUCAAACUUCGACGCGACCUCGGCCUCAAGCGCCGUCGUCUCUUCUUGGCGAUGGGCAAGAUUCACAACAAGGCGGGGACCCUGCUGCAGAGCACGCAGUUCCAGGUUGGCUCCAACGGCCUCGGCGGUGACAUCAACGUGCUGGGGACACCCCAGUUGGUUGCCAGUGACGUGAGCGAUGGCACCUUUGUUGGACCUUGGGAUCAUUACUGGGCGAUGCACGCUAUUCGAAGCGCUCGGUAUCGCAAGUAUCAUAUGUGCACCACGGCUAUCCGUGCUUGCCCUGCUCUCGCCACGUAUUUCGAUGCGGAGGCUGAGGUUUGCAGCGGCCUCCCGCAGCUGCGUGAGCACAAGCGUCCCGUGCACCAGCAAGGGUUUGCCUUGUCACUCUCCAUCUCUGCCUACCAGUGCUUCGGCCUGUCCAAGCUCCAGCUUACCCUCCAGUGCUAUCCACCAUCGCCUGCACUCAUGGCAAGCAAUGAACGUGCCAUGCAGUUGCUGAACGCGGCACCGAGGCACAGUUUCUUUCAGUAUAUGGUCACAGGCUUACGCUCCGUCGGCAUCAGUAUCGAGUUCCCAUGCCUUCGUAGCAUCGGUCACGCCAGCCAGCUGCGCCUGCUUGCCAAGUGUAAGAUAUUGCGUUUCACGCAUCUCUGCGGCUCCACUCGCGCAGACACUCUGCGCUGCGGGCGCGGCACCGUGGUCGGGUGGGACGACGCCGAGGGCAGGUGGAGGGUGGUCAUGGACGACGGCGCCCGCAAGUCUCUCAAGCCAGCGAACAUCGAGCCGUGCGACCAUGCAGGUGCGGAGUUCAGUGCUCCGGAAGACGAAGACGCAUCGGGUUCCGAUUCGAGUCCACUCGUGCCGCAGAGCAGGGUCAGUGUCUGCGGCAUCAAGGCGCAGCCAGAACUAAACGGCCAGCUAGGCACGGUGGUCGAGUGGAGCACAGAACGGAGGCGAUGGAAGGUUCUGAUGGACGAUGGCACAGGGAAGUUGUUCAAGCCAGCCAACCUUCGAGCUUCCCAAGAAGAUCUUGGAGGCGGCGGCUUCCAUCCACCCACGAGGGAGCACGUGGAGGAGGAGGAGGAGGAGGAGGGCUUCGCGCAGGACCACUUCGUGGACGGCCAGUUGUCUGCGCAGGCGGCCGCCGCGCACAUGGGGCCCGGCUCGGAGGUUCUCGUCGUCGGCCUGAGGGCGCGGCCCGAGCUCAACGGCCAGCGGGGUACCGUGGUGGAGUGGGACGGCGCCGAGCUCCGCUGGAAGGUGGCGAUGGACGAUGGCAGCGGCAAGAUGUUCAGGGAAGCCAACUUAACCUUGUGCGGCUCGCCAGUAAGUUUCGAUCCGGACACCACAAGGGAACGGGACAUCCGCACAUCGCCGGCGACGUCGACGGAUCGCCAGGCCCUGGUGCCAGGGACACGCGUGGUGAUCUCAGGCAUCAAAGCGCAGCCCCACUUGAACGGCUCGCAGGGUGUUAUAGUCGAGUGGGACGAGGUUGAGGCGCGCUGGAAGGUGGCGAUGGAUGACGGCAGCGGCAAAAUGUUCAGACCAGCCAACCUGUCUGCGUGUGAUUCCGAGCAGCCGACGUUCCAACCUGGCUCCGGGAACCCUCAGGGCGUCGACACGGAAGAUGCCGUGCAGAUUUUCUCGGCGCCUGGCGCUGGCCUGGAGAUCGCGCCGGGAGCGCGAGUGGUGAUCUCGGGCAUCAGGGCGCAGCCGCACCUGAAUGGCAAGCACGGCACCGUGGUGGACUGGGACGGUGCAGAGGGGCGCUGGAAGGUGGUGAUGGACGACGGCAGCGGCAAGAUGUUCAAGCCCACCAACUUGAUCGCCUGUAGUUUUCAGCCUCCCGCGACGGGGCUCGACAUCGAAAACCCUCAGGCUGUGGAGCAUGAGGUCUUGCCUGCCGAGCCUCCUGGAGCCACCGAGGCGAUUGUGCCCGGGGCGCGGGUGGUGGUGUUGGGCGUCAAGGCGCAGCCGCACCUCAAUGGUCAGCGUGGAAGCGUGGUGGAGUGGGACGGCGCGGAGGGGCGGUGGAAGGUGCUGAUGGACGACGGGAGCGGCAAGAUGUUCAGGCCCGCCAAUGUGACGAGUCUCCAGCAUGCGGCGCCGGCUCCAGCUGCGUCUGAGUCAGAGCUGGCGCCCGCAAUUGGGAGCAGCGAUGCUAGCAAGCUCGCUUCGAAAGUAGAUAGUUCCGAGGAUCGUCAUGUGAUUAUGCCUGGAUCACUUGUCGUCGUAUCUGGCAUCCGAGCCGAACCACAUUUGAACGGUCAGCUUGGUACGGCAGUCGAGUUCGACGAGAUCGGGAACCGUUGGAAGGUAUUGAUGGGUGAUGGUUGUGGGAAGAUGUUUAAGCCAGCGAACUUGGCAGCAUUUGACUCGACAGAGGCGGCUCCAACAGUCGCUCGCGCGGAUGUAACGCCGUUAGUUCUGGAACCAGAUAUAGCGCAAUUAUCUCUGAGUAGCAAGUGUGUUAUCGAGCAUACUCCACAGGCAGGCUGCCCAGAAAGCACCCAGGCCAUCACAGCAGGGUCGAGGGUCACUGUAUGUGGUGUCAGAGCGCAGCCUCACUUGAACGGCCAGUUCGGUACGGCUAUCGAGUUCGACAACGCAGAAGGACGAUGGAACGUAGUAAUGGACGACGGCAGCGGAAAGCUGCUCCGGCCUGCGAACUUGACCGUGUGCGGCGAUGCCCCUCCAGCUCGAGAUGUGGCCGAAUCGGCAGGAUCGUGCCCAGUGGGUGUCCCUGGCAUCGAGCCUUCUGCUGGGAGCAUUGGCGCUGCGGAGGUCGGGCCAGAGAUCACGUCAGGAUCGCGUGUCAUCGUGUCUGGCAUCAAGGACAAGCCUCAUCUGAAUGGCCAAAUCGGCACGGCGAUCGAGUUCGACAAGGCAGAAUGCCGAUGGAAAGUAGCGAUGGAUAACGGAGACGGGAAGAUGUUCAGACCAGCAAACAUUUCUUUGUGCGAGCGGAUGCCAACAGUUCCUGUUCCUAUUUUUUCUGAGGUGACUUGUGCUGAAGAAGCUGGUCAUGGAAUCGUACCUGGAUCGAGGGUCACACUGGCCGGCCUCAAGACGCAGCCUCACAUGAAUGGCAUGUCUGGCACGGCCGUCGAUUUCGAUGAGGCAGAGGGGCGAUGGAAAGUGGCUAUGGAUGACGGGAGCGGGAAGCUAUUGCGAGCAGCUAAUCUGGUUGUGACAGACCGAGCGCCCACAACACCUGCAGGGUCGAAUCUAGAUCACUUUGGUAGCCGCAGUGUCAGCAACGAGUACUGCUCUAGCGAAGUUGGUACAGGAGCCCCUCCUGCGAUCGUGCCUGGGUCGCGCGUCGUUUUGUCAGGCAUCAAGGCUCAGCCUCACCUGAAUGGGCAGUUCGGCAGAGCAGUCGAAUUCGACGUGAACGAGCAGCGGUGGAAAGUGGCGAUGGACGACGGGAGCGGGAAGCUGCUCAAGGUGACGAAUUUGACAGUGAGUGACUCGGCACCUGCAGCACUGGCGGCUGCCAAGUCGGAGCUGGCGCCAGCAAGCAGCCCUGGCGACCCGCAGCAUCUCUCCGAAUCGGCCAGCGCUGAACCUUUCGAGACAAUUGCGCCAGGAUCGCGCGUCGUCGUUUCCGGCAUCAGUGCUCAGUCUCAUCUGAAUGGGCAGCUCGGCACAGCGGUCGAGUUCGACGCAGGCGAGGGGCGUUGGAAGGUCAUGAUGGACGACGGGAGCAGAAAGAUGUUCAGGCCGGCGCACCUGGCGGCAUGCGAGCAGGGCACUCGGGAGCUGAGCAUCGGCCGCCGCGUGCGCGUCACCGGUCUCAGGUCGGAGGCCCACCUGAAUGGGCAGUUGGGCACGGCGAUCGCCUGGGCGAGCGCGGAGGAACGCUGGAAGGUGGUCUUGGACGACGGGUCCGGCAAGCUGCUGCGGCCCGCGAACUUGGAGGCGGUGGAGGCCGCCCAACCGCCGCGGGCGGCGGCUGGGACCGGAGAGCCAGAGGACACUGGCGGUAUCUCCGUGGGCUCCAGAGUUGUCGCCACCGGCGUCCGCAACCAGCCGCACCUCGACGGGCAGGCGGGGACCGCCAUCGAGUGGGACGAGGUCGAGGAGCGCUGGAAGGUGCUGGCGGCCACAAGAUGUUGGCGCCCGAGAACCUCCGGCCAGAGCCCGAGGGUUCCUCGCAGGUCGUCGUGGACGACGGCGGGGGGCAGCUGCUCAGGAGCCGCCCC